AAUUAGCAAUAAGUUUUUCUUCAGUAAUACUCAAAUUCUAGUGAUGCAAUGAAUGUCUGCUCACACAUUAAUAAGAAUACCGUUACCUAAUUCUUGCAAAGUAAUUUCAUAUAUUUAUCAAAAACCUGAAAAUAUCUAUAUCCUUUGACCUACACAUUGCACUCCUGUGACUACGUCUAAGGAAAGAAUCAUAACUAUGGAAAAUUUUAUGGACAAAAAUGUGAGUCACACUUACUUACAAAUGGUAAAAUUAGGCAAACAGUAGUGUUAAAGGAAUUUAAACAAUUACAAGGACUUAGUGGAAAUUUACAUAAUCAUGGAAAAUGUUUUCAAAGUGCUUGCAGCAACACGAAAGGCGCUGAUGGUGUAAUGCAAAGUAAAAAGUGUAACACUGCAUGCAUGGCUGUUUAUACACUUUUAUAGAAAAAAAGGCUGGAGGAAAAAUCCAAGGAAAAAGUAUUUUAACCUGAUUAAAUCCUACGAUUAUGAGAAAAAUUUCCAAAACCGUGUAUUGAAUUAAAAAAUACCCAACUCUUGAGCCAGGCUGUGGUGAUUCUUUUUCUUUCCUUGGGCCUGGGGGUUUAAGGCUGCGGAAGAGGGAAAGCUCAGAGACCCCAACUCCUCGGCCUUCUUAAAAGCGUCCGGGUUCCGGGCAAUUCCCCGCCUUUCCCUGGCCCCAUCCCUAAGGCCCGGCUGGCAGGGGCCCAUCCCCCAGCAGGGCCGGAGCCUGCGGCCGCUCACCGACAACAGGCGCGGCAGACACGUGGGGAGGUAGCCGGCGCCCGCGGGGAGGGGUUGGAAGGUAUGGGUAGGUGUGUCCGGGCAUGGGAGGAACCAAUGCUGGCCUUCACCAGGGGUAAAUCUUCUCGUACUGCUUGUGGGUCGAGGUCCGGGGGAAAGCUGUACCCACGCCCUGAUUCCCAUGGUGGACAAACGAUGAACACACAUCCUCGAAAGCAGCGGCUGCGAUCCUGCGCUGUCCGCGACGCCUGGCCCCAGAGUCACCUCGCGCGUCCCUCCCGGCUCGGCGCGGUGGAACGGCCCGCGCGACGUCACCCAUUGUUUACAAAUCAACCCGAGCCGGCAGGAUUCCGGCUCCCCGGCUGCAGGCGGCGCGCACCGCGAGUACUCGCCACGCCGGCUCCCGCGUCCCUGGCGCCGGCCCCGGCCUCGCGGCCGGGUGCGCGGCCGAGCUGCGCCCUACUGCGUGGCGGAGCUCCCCGCAGGCCCCAGCGCGCUGUCCGCGCCGUGCCGGAGAGGAUGGCUCCGGGGCGCUGUUGCCUCCCGACGCCUGCAACAGCGACGGUGGACCCAGGCGGGUGCCCGCGCCUGCGACGACGACCCGCACCGGCUCUUGCAGCAGCUGGUGCUCUCGGGAAACCUCAUCAAGGAGGCGGUGCGAAGGCUCCAGCGAGCCGUCGCCGCGGUUGCAGCCACCAGCCCAGCGAGUGCUCCUGGGCCCGAGGGCACCCGCAGCGGACCGGAUUCUGUCGCCCUGCAGACCUCGGGCGCAGUUCUCUGACCCGGGCCUCCCAGAAGAGGAAGAGGACGCCACCGCGCAGAUCUUGCUGCGUCCCUGCCCCUGUCUACCCAGAGCUGAAGCGGCUGUUCCCGUCGUGUGGGC